GUCCCUUUAACGUCCAACUCAUGCGGCGUUUUCUCCUUCUGCCCAGCGUGGUAACUUUGGGAACUCCGCACAUAAGCGCUCGUUCAAUUGAAUAUCAUUUCCACAUGACAGUUUAUUUAUGUGAUACUAACAUAGUUAUUUAAUAUUCUUUGACAGAGUGUUAUCUGGGCCAAAUAUCGUGUGAAAACUGUCAUAUUGUCAACUGCAUGUCAUCUGAUUUGGUCUGGUGGUGGCUGUAGAUUAUUUGGUAAUUUUGAAUAAAAUAACGGUUGAACAUGAUGUCAGAAGAGCUCGAGCGCGUCCUGGUGCGGCUGACAGAACCGGACAACGCUGUUAUUCAGCAGGCCACUGCUGAGUUGAAACAGGCAUUUAAAGAUCCAGCUAUCAUUCCUGCUUUGUGUGCUGUCAUGACUGGAUCUCAAAACCCACAGGUCCGCCAGUCGGCUGCAGUGAUGCUCAGGAUGAGAGUUAGAAAGCAUUGGAAGAAAAUCAGUCCAGACCACCGAGAAAGUCUGAAGGCAGUGGUGCUGCAGGCUUUACAGCAAGAAACAGAACACACAGUUCGUCACUCUCUCUCUCAGCUGAGCGCUGUCCUGGUGAAACACGAGACCCCAGACCGCUGGCCCGCUCUCCUCACUCUAUUAAACCAGUCUACUAAAAGCAAUAACCCACAGGAUAGACAGGUGGGUCUUUUAUUGCUCAGUAAGGUGGUGGGAUCAAACCCUGAGCCCUUUAAACCCCACUACAAGGAACUUCUCCAGCUGCUUGGGACUGUUCUCCAAGACCUGGACAAUCCUACAGCUCUCUACUAUUGCAUUCUCACCCUUACCUCCAUCACAACCUACACCGGCACAGAGGAGAUGAACCUGGUGCGAUCUCUGAUCCCCAAACUGCUCAUUGCUCUUAAACGCCUCAUUCAGGCAGACCAGGACCAGGCCAGCGAGGCAAUGGAAGUUUUAGAUGAGCUGAUGGAAAGCGAGGUUUCCAUCAUUGUCCCACACAUUGCUGAAAUUGUCCGUUUUUGCCUUGAGAUCAGUGCAGAUGUCUCCCUUAGUGAUUCUCUGCGUGUAAAAGCCCUGUCAUGUAUCGCUGUUCUCAUCAGACUUAAAAACAAGGCUGUAUUAAAGCAUAAACUCUUGCAGCCAAUCCUGCAAGUAGUGUUUCCAAUCUUGAGUGCAGCUCCUCCUCCUGGAGAAGAGGACCCAGAGGAUGAGGAAAAUGAUACUGAGGGCGACAGUGAGAAUCCCAAACACUUUGCUGUUCAGGUCAUUGACACAAUGGCUCUUCACAUGCCACCAGAAAAACUCUUCAACCAGCUGAUGCCUUUCACUCAGGCUUGCUUGUCAAGUGAGAACCCGUAUGAGCGUAAGGGGGGUCUCAUGUGUAUGGCAGUGCUGGCCGAGGGCUGUGCAGAUCACAUCCGUACCAAGAUGUUGUCAUCCAUGCUUCAAACUGUGUGUAGCAGUCUAUCAGACAAUAACCAGGUGGUCCGCAGUGCAGCGCUCUUUGCCCUUGGCCAGUUUUCUGAACAUUUGCAGCCAGAUGUCAGUAAAUUCCAUGCUGAACUGAUGCCGUUGUUGCAUGGAUACUUAUCGGCGGUGAAUCAGACCAAAAUCGGACACAUGACGAAGGCCUUCUAUGCCUUAGAAAACUUCUUAGAGAACUUAGGUCAAGAAAUUGAGCCCUAUCUGCCCACUCUAAUGGAAACCAUGUUGUCAGCCCUUAACAAUGCAGAAAACUUUAAACUGAAAGAGCUAGCUGUCAGUGCAAUCGGAGCAAUUGCUAAUGCAGCCAAGGAGAUGCUAUUGCCUUACUUUACUCCAAUUAUUGAGAGUCUGAAGGGAUUCCUGACGGACACAAGAGAGGAGAUGAGGGCUCUGCAGACACAGGCACUAGACACACUUUCCGUGUUGGCCCGCACUGUUGGUAAGGAUGCGUUUAGUCCAUUGGCAGCGGAGUGUGUGCAGUUAGGUCUGAACCUCACAGACGCAGUGGAUGAUCCAGACCUGCGCCGUUGCACGUAUAGCUUAUUCUCUGCUGUAUCUGAAGUAAGUCCUGACUGUCUAACUCCUCAUCUAACUUCCAUCACCACGGUGAUGCUGCUGUCACUCAGGUCCACAGAGGGUGUGACGACUCAUUUGGAGGAAGACAAACAGUUUGUGCUCCUGGACGAUGAUGACGAUGAUGAUGAAGAGGGUGAUGCCAUUUUAGAUGAAGAGGAAGAAGAAACUGAGGUUGAUGACAGUGAUGUUGCAGGAUUCAGUGUGGAAAAUGCUUACAUAGAUGAGAAAGAAGAUGCUUGUGAUUCUUUGGGUGAAAUCGCCUUCAACACAGGAGUGGCGUUCCAGCCCUUCCUGGAGUCCAGUUUCCAGCAGGUCUUUGAGCUCUGUGAUUUCCCACAUGAGGAUGUGAGGAGAGCUGCCUUUGGUGCCAUGGGCCAGUUCUGCCGAGCUCAGCACAAAGUUUGGAAGGAAAACCCAACGGAGGCUAACCACCAGGCUCUGCAUAAGCUGUUGCAGGUGGUGUUGCCUUGUUUUCUGGAGGCGGUGAGACAAGACAGAGAGAGACAGGUGGUGAUGGCUGUACUGGAGUCCAUGAAUGCUGUGAUUAAAUCCUGCCAGGGGGAGGCACUGCAGGCUCCAGGGAUACUGACUGAAAUAAGUAACGCCAUCAAAGACGUACUGAAGAAAAAGACCGUGUGUCAGGAUGUAGGUGGGGAUGAAGCAGAUGAUGAUGAGCAGCAGGCGGAGUAUGAUGCCAUGCUGCAGGAGUUUGCCGGUGAAGGGAUUCCUGUUUUAGCCUCGGCUGUACCAGCUGAGACGUUCUACCCUCACCUUAAUGACCUGCUGCCUCUCAUCAUGAGCAAAGCUAAAUCCUCAUGCUCGGAGGCAGACCGCUCCUUCUCUGUUGGAACGAUUGGAGAAACCCUGCACUCAUUGGUGGGUGUGGAUGGAGGCAGGGCAGUUGCUGGCCGGCUGUCCAAUCGGCUGCUGCCGUUGCUUGUGGCUGGAGUGAGGGACAGUGAUGCAGAAGUGCGCAAUAACAGUGUGUAUGCACUGGGAGCUCUCGCACAAGCCGCCGGACCCAUCGUUGCCUCUGAUUACCCCGUGAUGCUCUCCCUGUUCUCCAACCUACUCUCUAAAGAGUCUGACCUGAGAGUCAUUGACAACCUGUGUGCUGCCCUGUGCCGGAUGAUCAUGAGCCACGUGGAGGGGGUCCCACUCGAGCAGGUUUUUCCUGCUCUGGUGGCUCGUCUCCCUCUGAAAGAGGACAUGGAGGAGAACAAGACUAUCUACAGCUGCCUGACCUUCCUCUACUCACAUAACCCUGUGCUGGUUGUUAGUCAGCUCAGGCCAAUAAUAUCUGCUGCCGCUCAUCUGUUGGGCAUGAAGGAUGUCGAUAAUGAAACACAAAACAGCCUGCUCAUGCUGCUCCGUGGUCUAGCCCAGCAUCACACUCAGGAAUUUCAAAGUGCGGUAAUGUCACUUCCUGAUGAACAGAGAAACAAAAUGACCAUUGCGGUCACUCAAUCAUAACACCUGUCCCUGAUUCAAAGUAUGUAUCCCCUUCCCUUCCAGAAGGCCUUCCACUCUUAUGAAAGCCAGCCAAACUAAUAAUAGAUUUUUUUUCUAUUACAUUAGAAAUGGGCUUAGACAGUUAGCAGAACAUGCACUCACUGGCGUACUCUGCUUUCUGUAUUGCAGCAGAGACAUUGAGACUAUUUCCUCUUAAUUUAUUACAAAGGUCACUUAUGCUUCUUGUCACUUUUAUUUUGUUUUACUUAGAGUUGUUGUUUUUUUCCUUUCUUCGUUUAUUAUUUUUCUCUGUCUCAAUGAAUCUUCUGCUUUCCCAUCUAUAUUGAAUGUUCCAUGAAAUUCUGGCUUAUUUGAGUGUGAAGUUUUGUAUUGCCAUUGCAGUGAAAGAAAUAUAUUUCUAUGAAUUGUUCAAAGUUGUUUCUUUAUUUUUGGUAUGUAUGUCCUGGGAAUAUGUUGAACUUGUUACCCAGAAUUAGUAAGAAACCACCAUGUUUCUGAAAAAGCAUAUUUUUAUUAUUAUAGAAAAAUGCAGCACAAGGUAUGUUGCAGAAUUAUAUUAUACCUCAUUCUGGAUCAUUUUAACUCUAUUGUAUCAGUAAUAUAAUUGUAUGUAUCAGCAAAUUAAACCAACAGAAAUACACUACCAUUUACACUACAAAGUUUGGGUUUGGGAAGAUUUUUAAAAUGGGUUUAAAGGCUACAUUUAUUUGAUGAUAAAUUGUAAAAUAUUAUUAGAAUUUAAAAUAACUGUUUCUGUUUUAAUAGAUUUUAAAUUAAAUGUAUUUGUCAUUUACUUCAGUGUCAUGAUCCUUCAAAAUUCAUUCUAAUAUGCUGAUUUGCUGAUCAAUAAUCAUUUAUUAUUAUUAACGAUGAAACGGUUGAACUGCUUAAUAUUUUUAUAGAAACCAUGAUACAUUUUUUUAAACGUUUAAAAGAAUAGCAUUUGUUAAAAUCGAAAUCUUUUGUUGUGUUAUAAAUGUAUUUACUGUCACUUUUGAUCAAUUUAAUUAUUCUUUGCUGCUUAAUAUAGUAUACAUUUCUUUAAAAAAAGAAUCUUCCUGAUCCCAAACUUAAUAAGUAGAUGGAUAUAGAUUUUAUAUAGGUAUAAGUGUGUGUAGGUAUAGCUGUCAUUGAUGAAAUAUAUGCUGAUUAUUCUGAAA